UUUUUUUUUUUAUUGAAUGAAUAUGUGAUUAAGUUAAUGACGCUGAGCGGGGAGAGGAGGAGCAGUUUGGCAGCCCAGUGCUGAAGAGUUUCUGGCAGCUCAUUCAGUGUCCUUAAUGUUCCACUGGCUUUGUGCUGGGCCGCAUGUGAGCCCCAGGAGAGGCUGCUGUAAUUACUCAGCUUUUUUAUUGAAAGCAGCUGCAGGUCGCGAGUCAUCCCAUUGUCCAUCUUGCUGGUGAUUGGAAACAACUCGCGGCCAUCUUGGGAUCCACUACACUGCAGCCUCAUUCUGAAGUCAGUGGAGGAAGAAAGUAGGCUUCCCACUUGCUGGGCUUUUCAGAAUGAACCAUUCAUCUUUUGAGGGUCAGAACUCAGCCACCCAUUUACCGAGUGUGAGUCAUACCCCUAGUUUUAAAACAAACAUUUAUUGCAGAGAGAAUUCUUAAUCUUGGCCGAUGUGUACAGCUGAUCUUGUCCUUCCUACGAUUGGUUUAGGCUGGUUUCAACAAAAUUGUUGUCUUUGUAAAUACACACCUCUUCCGGUAAAUCCAGAGACUACCGAAGCAUUUCCUUGAGAUUGAGCCUAAGACAAUCUGUAAUUAGUUUUGGAUAAUUGGAUGUGAAUGUUUAGAGGCCUUGCCAUACAGCGUGUGUCUUUAACAUCUCACACGAUAUAUUGUACUUGUCCUUCCUGAUCCAGGAAGUAACAGGAGUUAAUAAUCUCACAUGAGAAAGUAUGUUAGAAAUGGAAUCUCUAGGGGCAGAUUCUUUGCAGAUACACAUUAUUUUAUGUCCCUCCGUCACGAGCUCAGUUUUUUAUCAUCACAUCCAAAAUCUAGAAAACGAUCCAGAAAUCCUUUGCCUUUUAAUAACCAGCUUGUAAGGAAGACAAACUGCAAGAGAUCAACACGGGAUAAGGACAGUAACCAACAAAGGAUGAACAACACCCUAGAAGCCCAAGGGGUUGUGAACUUCAGUCUAUAAGCAGCAUCAGAGUUUGUGGUCUAAUGAGGAAGACACAUGGAAACAAGGAUUUGCAGCAGUCCGAAGUAGCUUUGCUGAGAUUUUAGGAAUGAUUGCCUAAGGAAGUAGCAGUUAGUGGACCCACUGUAUUAGUCAGGGUUCUCUAGACAGACAGGGCUAGUAGGGCUAGUAGGAUAGAUGUAUAUAUGAAGGGGAGUUUAUUAAGGAAUAUUGACUCAGACGAUCACAAGGUCAAGUCCCACAAUAGGCCACCUGCAAGCUGAGGAGCAAGGAAGCCAGUGGUUGACCAGUCUGAGUCCCGAAACCUUGAAGGUAGGGAAGCCGACAGCUCAGCCUUCAGCCUGUGGCCAAAGACCCAAGAGCCCUGGCCCACCACUAGUGUAGGUCCAAGAAUCCGAAACCUAAAGAACUUCAAGUCGGAUGUUCGAGGGCAGGAAGCAUCCAGCACGGGAGAAAGAUGAAGGCUGGAAGACUCAGCCAGUCUAGUCCUUCUACGUUCUUCUGCCUACUUUCAUUCCAGCCUCGCUGGCAGCUGAUUAGAUUGUGCCCACCCCACCCCGAUUGAGGGUGGGUCUUCCCCUCCCAGUCCAUGACUCAAAUGUUAAUCUCCUUUGGCAACACCCUCACAGACACAACCAAGAAUAAUACUUUGCGUCCUUCAAUCCAAUCAAGUUGACACUCAGUAUUAACCGUCACACCCACCAUGGUGAAGGCAUGCGGGGGGUGGCUGGUGUUAGCCUAUUUGGAGCCUUGGGGGAUAGUCGAGGAAACGGUUACUGAAUGGUGUGUGGAUGAGAAUGAUGGAGCAGGGUGCUAAGGAGGCACAGAGGAGAGGCAGAGGGUAUAGGGUUGGAGUGGGGAGAGCCUUAAGGAGGUGACAUGGAAGGAGAGACCUGAAAGAUGGGUGAGGCCAGUGCUUCUGGAAGUGUGGUUCCUGGACCAGCAGCAUCGGCAGCAUCUGGGAACUCCAGGUGAAUGUGAUACGCACGCUCAAGUAUAAGAACCACUGCAUUAGAAAACAGGUGAUGGUGCAUUGCGGAGGAGCGGUGGCCGCUGUGGAAAGUACUCUAACAGAGCAGAGGGAAUAUAUGCCCAGAGGCCUGCAGCAGGCGUAUUUGAGACUUGAUCAGGACACAGCCACCCACACCCGCUGGUUACGAAUUAUCUGUGGUUGCUUUCGGCCUGCAGAGGCAGAGCUGAAUAAUUGCCACAGAGGUAUAUGGCCCGCAAAGCUACACAUUUUUACGAGGUGGCCCAUCACCAAGGUUUUCCAGCCCCUGAUUUAGAGGGUGGAACUGACAUAGCCUGGUGACGGAAUCAGGGGAGAAGAGGCAAACAGGGAUACCGGCCAGCUUUCAGUCUUCCGUGAGCAAUGACAUGACAGAGCAAUGACACUAAGAUGCUGCUGCUUCACUUUUUACAGCUCACAGUCCCCUUUGCGGAUGUGAGAAAGGCCGUACAGCUUUAGAGGCUGAAGGAUGCCCUGACGUCCAGUCCUGGAAUACAGGCUCAUGCCAGCAGCAUCCAGAGCUGCUGUUGGCGGAUUGUACCCACGGGGAGAUGAUUCCUCAUGAAGAGCCUGGAUCCCCUACAGAAAUCAAAUGUGACUUUCCGUUUAUCAGACUAAAAUCAGAGCCAGCCAGACAGUGAAACAGUCACCGUGGAGGGGGGACGGCGAAAAAUGAAAUCCAACCAAGAGCGGAGCAACGAAUGCCUGCCUCCCAAGAAGCGCGAGAUCCCCGCCACCAGCCGGUCCUCCGAGGAGAAGGCCCCUGCCCUGCCCAGCGACAACCACCGGGUGGAGGGCACAGCAUGGCUCCCGGGCAACCCUGGUGGCCGGGGCCACGGGGGCGGGAGGCAUGGGCCGGCAGGGACCUCGGUGGAGCUUGGUUUACAACAGGGAAUAGGUUUACACAAAGCACUGUCCACAGGGCUGGACUACUCCCCGCCCAGCGCUCCCAGGUCUGUCCCCGUGGCCACCACGCUGCCCGCCGCGUACGCCACACCGCAGCCAGGGACCCCGGUGUCCCCCGUGCAGUACGCUCACCUGCCGCACACCUUCCAGUUCAUUGGGUCUUCCCAAUACAGUGGGACCUACGCCAGCUUCAUCCCGUCACAGCUGAUCCCCCCAGCCGCCAACCCCGUCACUAGUGCGGUGGCCUCGGCCGCCGGGGCCACCACUCCAUCCCAGCGCUCCCAGCUGGAGGCCUAUUCCACUCUGCUGGCCAACAUGGGCAGUCUGAGCCAGACGCCGGGACACAAGGCUGAGCAGCAGCAGCAGCAGCAGCAGCAGCAGCACCACCUCAGCAGGGCUCCAGGGCUCAUCACCCCGGGGUCCCCCCCACCCGCCCAGCAGAACCAGUACGUCCACAUUUCCAGUUCUCCGCAGAGCACCGGCCGCACCGCCUCUCCUCCGGCCAUCCCCGUCCACCUCCACCCCCAUCAGACGAUGAUCCCACACACGCUCACCCUGGGGCCCCCCUCCCAGGUCGUCAUGCAAUACGCCGACUCCGGCAGCCACUUUGUCCCUCGGGAGGCCACCAAGAAAGCUGAGAGCAGCCGGCUGCAGCAGGCCAUCCAGGCCAAGGAGGUCCUGAACGGCGAGAUGGAGAAGAGCCGGCGGUACGGGGCCCCGUCCUCGGCCGACCUGGGCUUGGGCAAGGCAGGUGGCAAGUCGGUUCCUCACCCGUACGAGUCCAGGCACGUGGUGGUUCACCCGAGCCCCUCAGACUACAGCAGUCGUGAUCCUUCAGGGGUCCGGGCCUCUGUGAUGGUCCUGCCCAACAGCAACACGCCCGCGGCCGACCUGGAGGUGCAACAGGCCACUCAUCGCGAGGCCUCCCCCUCCACCCUCAACGACAAAAGCGGCCUGCAUUUAGGGAAGCCUGGUCACCGGUCCUAUGCGCUCUCACCCCACACGGUCAUUCAGACCACACACAGUGCUUCAGAGCCACUCCCGGUGGGACUGCCAGCCACGGCCUUCUACGCAGGGACUCAACCCCCUGUCAUCGGCUACCUGAGCGGCCAGCAGCAAGCAAUCACCUAUGCCGGCAGCCUGCCCCAGCACCUGGUGAUACCUGGCACACAGCCCCUGCUCAUCCCAGUCGGCAGCACUGACAUGGAAGCGUCGGGGGCAGCCCCGGCCAUAGUCACGUCAUCCCCCCAGUUUGCUGCAGUGCCUCACACAUUCGUCACCACCGCCCUUCCCAAGAGCGAGAACUUCAACCCCGAGGCCCUGGUCACCCAGUCCGCCUACCCAGCCAUGGUGCAGGCCCAGAUCCACUUGCCCGUGGUGCAGUCCGUGGCCUCCCCGGCAGCGGCUCCCCCUACUCUGCCUCCCUACUUCAUGAAAGGCUCCAUCAUCCAGUUGGCCAAUGGGGAGCUAAAGAAGGUGGAAGACUUAAAAACAGAAGAUUUCAUCCAGAGCGCAGAGAUAAGCAACGACCUGAAGAUCGACUCUAGCACCGUGGAGAGGAUCGAAGACAGCCAUAGCCCGGGUGUGGCCGUGAUACAGUUCGCCGUCGGGGAGCACCGAGCCCAGGUCAGCGUUGAAGUUUUGGUAGAGUAUCCUUUUUUUGUGUUUGGACAGGGCUGGUCAUCCUGCUGUCCGGAGAGAACCAGCCAGCUCUUUGAUUUGCCGUGUUCCAAACUCUCAGUUGGGGAUGUGUGCAUCUCGCUUACCCUCAAGAACCUGAAGAACGGCUCUGUUAAAAAGGGCCAGCCCGUGGAUCCCGCCAGCGUCCUGCUGAAGCACUCAAAGGCCGACGGCCUGGCGGGCAGCAGACACAGGUAUGCCGAGCAGGAAAACGGAAUCAACCAGGGGAGUGCCCAGAUGCUCUCUGAGAAUGGCGAACUGAAGUUUCCAGAGAAAAUGGGAUUGCCUGCAGCGCCCUUCCUCACCAAAAUAGAACCCAGCAAGCCCGCGGCAACGAGGAAGAGGAGGUGGUCGGCGCCGGAGAGCCGCAAACUGGAGAAGUCAGAAGACGAACCACCUUUGACUCUUCCCAAGCCUUCUCUAAUUCCUCAGGAGGUUAAGAUUUGCAUUGAAGGCCGGUCUAAUGUAGGCAAGUAGAGGCAGCGUGGGGGAAAGGAAACGUGGCUCUCCCUUAUCAUUUGUAUCCAGAUUACUGUACUGUAGGCUAAAUAACACAGUAUUUACAUGUUAUCCUCUUAUUUUAGGUUUCUGUUCUAACCUUGUCAUUAGAGUUACAGCAGGUGUGUCGCAGGAGACUGGUGCAUAUGCUUUUUCCACGAGUGUCUGUCAGUGAGCUGGCGGGAGGAAGGGCACAGCAGGAGCAGUCAGGGCUCCACGCUCCCCGGGGAAGAAAGGAACGGGGCUUCACAGCGCCUGCUUUCUGUAGCGGCCCAGAAGCAGCCAGGGGCGCUGACUCCCGCUAGUGUCAGGAGAAAAGUCCCGUGGGAAGGGUCCUGCAGGGGUGCACGCGUGUGGGGGUGCACAGGCGCUGUGGCGGCGAGUGAGGGUCUCUUUUUCUCUGCCUCCCUCUGCCUCACUCUCUUGCUGUCGGCAUGGGACGGGGGUUUCAGAGCAGUGUCCUCCUGGGGUUCCCACGUGCAAAAUCAACAUCAGGAACCCAGCUUCAGGGCAUCGCGGAGACGCGUCAGACGGCAGAUUUGGAAAGUUAACCAUUUAAAAGAACAUUUUUCUCUCCAACCUAUUUUACAAUAAAAGCAACUUUUAAUUGUAUAGAUAUAUAUUUCCCCCUAUGGGGCCUGACUGCACUGAUGUAUUUUUUUUUUAAAGAGCAACUGCCACAUGCGGGAUUUCAUUUCUGCUUUUUACUAGUGCAGCGAUGUCACCGGGGUGUUGUGGUGGACAGGGAAGCCCCUGCUGUCGUGGCCCCACAUGGGGCAAGGGGGGUUGGGGGUGGGGGCGGGGGAAGAGCAAACACCCACGCUGGUUUCUGUGCAGUGUUAGGUAAACCAAUCAGGUUAUUGCAUUGACUUCACUCCCAAGAGGUAGAUGCAAACUGCCCUUCAGUGAGAGCAACGGAAGCUCUUCACGUUGAGUUUGCAAAAUCUUUUUGUCUUUGAACUCUAGUACUGUUUAUAGUUCAUGACUAUGGACAACUCGGGUGCCACUUUUUUUUUUUUUUUCAGAUUCCAGUGUGACAUGAGGAAUUAGAUUUUGAAGAUGAGCAUAUAUUACUAUCUUUAAGCAUUUAAAAAUACUGUUCACACUUUAUUACCAAGCAUCUUGGUCUCUCAUUCAACAAGUACUGUAUCUCACUUUAAACUCUUUGGGGAUAAAACAAAAAAACAAAAAAAACUAAGUUGCUUUCUUUUUUUCAACACUGUAACUACAUUUCAGCUCUGCAGAAUUGCUGAAGAGCAAGAUAUUGAAAGUUUCAAUGUGGUUUAAAGGGAUGAAUGUGAAUUAUGAACUAGUAUGUGACAAUAAAUGACCACCAAGUACUACCUGACGGGAGGCACUUUUCACUUUGAUGUCUGAGAAUCAGUUCAAGGCAUAUGCAGAGUUGGCAGAGAAACUGAGAGAAAAGGGAUGGAGAAGAGAAUACUCAUUUUUGUCCAGUGUUUUUCUUUUUAAGAUGAACUUUUAAAGAACCUUGCGAUUUGCACAUAUUGAGUUUAUAAUUUGUGUGAUAUUCCUGCAGUUUUUAUCCAAUAACAUUGUGGGAAAGGUUUGGGGGACUGAACGAGCAUAAAUAAAUGUAGCAAAAUUUCUUUCUAACCUGCCUAAACUCUAGGCCAUUUUAUAAGGUUAUGUUCCUUUGAAAAUUCAUUUUGGUCUUUUUACCACAUCUGUCACAAAAAGCCAGGUCUUAGCAGGCUCUUAGAAACUCUGAGAAUUUUCUUCAGAUUCAUUGAGAGAGUUUUCCAUAAAGACAUUUAUAUAUGUGAGCAAGAUUUUGUUUUAAACAAUUAUUUUAUUAUUGUUGUUAUUAAUGUUAUUUUCAGAAUGACUUUUUUUUCUAUUCAAAAUCAAAUCAAGAUUUAAUGUUUGGUACAAACCCAGAAAGGGUAUUUCAUAGUUUUUAAACCUUUCAUUCCCAGAGAUCUGAAAUAUCAUUUGUGGGUUUUGAAUGCAUCUUUAAAGUGCUUUAAAAAAACAGUUUUAUAAGUAGGGAGAAAUUUUUAAAUAUUCUUACUUGGAUGGCUGCAACUAACCUAAACAAAUACCUGAUUUUUCUUUUACCCCAUUGAAAAUAGUACUUCCUUCAUUUCACAAAUUAAAAAAAAAAAAAGAUUCUGGUAUCAACCCACAUUUUGGCUGUCUAGUAUUCAUUUACAUUUAAGGCUCACCAGGACUAAUGAUUUUUGUAAACCAUUUUCUGGGGUGUACCAAAAACAUUUGAAUAGGUUUAGAAUAGCUAGAAUAGUUCCUUGAUUUUCCUCGAAUUUCAUUACCCUCUCAGCAUGCUUGCAGAGAGCUGGGUGGGUUCAUUCUUGCAGUCAUACUGCUUAUUUAGUGCUGUAUUUUUUAAACGUUUCUGUUCAGAGAACUUGCUUAAUCUUCCAUAUAUUCUGCUCAGGGCACUUGCAAUUAUUAGGUUUUGUUUUUUCUUUUUGUUUUUUAACCUUUGAUGGUAAGAGGAAUACGGGCUGCCACAUAGACUUUGUUCUCAUUAGUAUCACUAUUUACAACUCAUGUGGACUCAGAAAAACACACACCACCUUUUGGCUUACUUCGAGUAUUGAACUGACUGGAUCCACUAAACCAACACUAAGAUGGGAAAACACACGUGGUUUGGAGCAAUAGGAACAUCAUCAUAAUUUUUGUGGUUCUAUUUCAGGUAUAGGAAUUAUAAAAUAAUUGGUUCUUUCUAAACACUUGUCCCAUUUCAUUCUCUUGCUUUUUUAGCAUGUGCAAUACUUUCUGUGCCAAUAGAGUCUGACCAGUGUGCUAUAUAGUUAAAGCUCAUUCCCUUUUGGCUUUUUCCUUAUUUGGUUGGUCUUUCCCAUUCUGGCCAGAGCAGGGCUGGAGGGAAGGAGCCAAGAGGGAGAGAGCGUCCCACCUUUCCCCUGCUGCAGAUGCUGAGUGCUGGGGCGGGGAGCCUUCAGGAGCCCCGCUUCGGCCGCCACGUUGCAGAAAGAGCCAGCCAAGGAGACCUGGGGGAGGAGCCGCAGUGUCCCCUGUCACCACACGGAAUAGUGAAUGUGGAGUGUGGAGAGGAAGGAGGCAGAUUCAUUUCUAAGACGCACUCUGGAGCCAUGUAGCCUGGAGUUGACCCAUUUUCCACGGUCUUUUCUGCGAGUGGGCAGGCCCCUCCUUGGGGUCUGUGUCCUUGAGACUUGGAGCCCUGCCUCUGAGCCUGGACGGGAAGUGUGGCCUGUUGUGUGUGUGCGUUCUGAGCGUGCUGGCCAGUGGCUGUGGAGGGGACCACCUGCCACCCACGGUCACCACUCCCUUGUGGCAGCUUUCUCUUCAAAUAGGAAGAACGCACAGAGGGCAGGAGCCUCCUGUUUGCAGACGUUGGUGGGCCCCGAGGCUCCCAGAGCAGCCUCUGUCACCGCUUCUGUGUAGCAAACAUUAACGAUGACAGGGGUAGAAAUUCUUCGGUGCCGUUCAGCUUACAAGGAUCAGCCAUGUGCCUCUGUACUAUGUCCACUUUGCAAUAUUUACCGACAGCCGUCUUUUGUUCUUUCUUUCCUGUUUUCCAUUUUUAAACUAAUAACAGCAGGCCUUUUGCGUUUACAAUGGAACACAAUCACCAAGAAAUUAGUCAGGGCGAAAAGAAAAAAAAAAAUAAUAUUAUUAAUAAGAAACCAACAAACAAGAACCUCUCUUUCUAGGGAUUUCUAAAUAUAUAAAAUGACUGUUCCUUCGAAUGUUUAACGUAAGAAUUAUUGCAGUUUGUCUGGGCCACACUGGGGCGGGGGGGGAGGGAGGGAUACAGAGACGGAUGCCACUUACCUCAGAUCUUUUCAAGUGGAAAUCCAAAUUGCAUUUUCAUUUGGACUUUCAGGAUAAUUUUCUAUGUCGGUCAAUUUUUCGUUUUCCCUAACUCACCCAGUUUAGUUUGGGAUGAUUUGAUUUCUGUUGUUGUUCUUGAUCCCAUUUCUAACUCGGAAUUGUGAGCCUCUAUGUUUUCUGUUAGGUGAGUGUGUUGGGUUUUUCCCCCCACCAGGAAGUGGCAGCAUCCCUCCUUCUCCCCUAAAGGGACUCUGCGGACCCUUUCACACCUCUUACUCAGGGACGGGGCUGGUGUGUGUGUGGUACACUGAUGUGUCCAGAAGCAGCACUUUGACUGCUCUGGAGUAGGGUUGUACAAUUUCAAGGAAUGUUUGGAUUUCCUGCAUCUUGUGGAUUACUCCUUAGAUACCGCAUAGAUUGCAAUAUAAUGCUGCAUGUUCAAGAUGAACAGUAGCUCCUAGUAAUCAUAAAAUCCACUCUUUGCACAUAGUUUCAUCUUUACUGAAAUAUGUUGCCAAAAUUUAUUUUUGUUGUUGUAGCUCUGGAUUUUGUUUUGUUUUGUUUUUUAAGGAAACGAUUGACAAUACCCUUUAACAUCUGUGACUACUAAGGAAACCUGUUUCUUUCAUAGAGAGAAAAAUCUCCAAUGCUUUUGAAGACACUAAUGCCAUGCUAUUUCAGAUAUGGGUGAGGAAGCAGAGCUGUCGGGACCGAAGGCCAGGCUUCUUGAGCUGUGUUGGUUGUCAUGGCUACGGUUUCAUGAACCACAAGCAGCUCAACAGACUGGUCUGUUGCCUUCUGAAACCCUUUGCACCUCCAUUUGCACCAGGUGAAAACAGGGCCAGCAGACUCCGUGGCCCAGUUCGGUUUCUUCGGUGGUGAUAUGAAAGGAAAGAGAAUUACUCUUUUUUUUUUUUUCUAAAGUGGCGUGGAGGCCUUUGCUUCCACAUUUGUUUUUAACCCAGAAUUUCUGAAAUAGAGAAUUUAAGAACACAUCAAGUAAUAAAUAUACAGAGAAUAUACUUUUUUAUAAAGCACAUGCUUCUGCUAUUGUGUUGGGUUGGUUUCCUCUCUUUUCCACGGACCGUGUUGUGUUUCUGGCAUAGGGAAACUCCAAACAACUUGCACACCUCUACUCCGGGGCUGAGAUUUCUUUUACAUAGAUGACCUCGCUUCAAAUAUGUUACCUUACUGAUAGGAUCUUUUCUUGUAGCACUAUACCUUGUGGGAAUUUUUUUUUUUUAAUGUACACCUAAUUUGAGAAGCUGAAGAAAACAAAAUUUUGAAGCACUCACUUUGAGGAGUACAGGUAAUGUUUUAAAAAAUUGCACAAAAGAAAAAUGAAUGUCAAAAUGAUUCAUUCAGUGUUUGAAAGAUAUGGAUCUGUUGAAACAAUGAGUUUCAUACUUUGUUUGUAAAAAAAUAAAUAAAUAAAGCAGAGAAGGGUUGAAAGUUACAUGUUUUUUUGUAUAUAGAAAUUUGUCAUGUCUAAAUGAUCAGAUUUGUAUGGUUAUGGCCUGGAAGAAUUACUACGUAAAAGGCUCUUAAACUAUACCUAUGCUUAUUGUUCUUUUUGUUACACAUAGCCCUCGUCUGAGGGAGGGGAACUCCGUAUUCUGUGAUUUGAGAAUACUGCUCAUUCCUAUGCUGAAAGUACUUCUCUGAGCUCCCUUCUUAGUCUAAACUCUUAAGCCAUUGCAACUUCUUUUUCUUCAGAGAUGAUGUUUGACAUUUUCAGCACUUCCUGUUCCUAUAAACCCAAAGAAUAUAAUCUUGAACACGAAGUGUUUGUAACAAGGGAUCCAGGCUACCAAUCAAACAGGACUCAUUAUGGGGACAAAAAAAAAAAAAAAUUAUUUAACCUUCUUUCCCCCCACACCUCAUUUAAAUAGGGGGGGUAAAAACAUGAUUUCAAUGUAAAUGCCUCAUUUUACUUUAGUUUUAUUUAGAUUUUUAUUGAAUAUAAAGAGGCCAAAAUAAAUGCAGAUCUACUUCUCAGAAUAGUAUUCCUGUCCAACAAUCAAGCCGGACAGUGGAAACUGGACAGCAGUGGGGAUAUUAAGCACCCCACUUACAAUUCUUAAAUUCAGAAUCUUGUCCCCUCCCUUCUCGUUGAAGGCAAUUGUUCUGGUAGCUAACUUUCUCCUGUGUAAUGGCGGGAGGGAACACGGCUUCAGUUUUUCAUGUCCUCAUGACUUGCAUACAAAUGGUUCAACUGUAUUAAAAUUAAGUGCAUUUGGCCAACAGGUAGUAUCUAUACAAUAACAAUCUCUGAGAAUUUCCAUACCUUUUCUUAUCUGAAAGGACUCAAGUCUUCCACUGCAGAUACAUUGGAGGCUUCACCCACGUUUUCUUUCCCUUUAGUUUGUUUGCUGUCUGGAUGGCCAAUGAGCCUGUCUCCUUUUCUGUGGCCCAUCUGAAGGCCUUCAUUGGAAGCAUUGUUUACAGUAAUCCUUACCAAGAUAACAUACUGUCCUCCAGAAUACCAAGUAUUAGGUGACACUAGCUUAAGCUGUUGUCUUCAGAGCAGUUACCAAGCAGCUCAGUGCACAGGUUUUCUCUGGUUCUUACAGGAACCACCUACUCUUUUGGUAAUCUGGUCCAGGAGUGGGGUAAAUCCUUUGGUCAGUGCAUUGGAACUUGAUACCUGUGCAUUCGGUUCUGUGAAUACUGCCCUUUUUGGCGGGGUUUCUUCCUCUCCCCAGCCUGAACUGCUCAACUCUUAACCCAAAUUAGUGUCAGCCGAAAGGAGGUUUCAAGACAGUCCUGUCAGUGCUUGUGGUGACCUUCAGAUUAGACAGUCUUCAUUUCCAGCCAGUGGAGUCCUGGCUCCAGAGCCAUCUCUGAGACUCGUACCACUGGAUAAUUUGAUAUCAGAUCAUUACCCACCAAACUUCCAAUCGUAUGCCUCCCACAGGCCAAGGGAAACAGACACCAGAACUUGGGUUGAGGGCACUACCAGACUGACAUGGCCAGUACAGAGGAGAACUAGGGAAGGAAUGAUGUUUUGCACCUUAUUGAAAAGAAAAUUUUAAGUGCAUACAUAAUAGUUAAGAGCUUUUAUUGUGACAGGAGAACUUUUUUCCAUAUGCGUGCAUACUCUCUGUAAUUCCAGUGUAAAAUAUUGUACUUGCACUAGCUUUUUUAAAACAAAUAUUAAAAAAUGGAAGAAUUCAUAUUCUAUUUUCUAAUCGUGGUGUGUCUAUUUGUAGGAUACACUCGAGUCUGUUUAUUGAAUUUUAUGGUCCCUUUCUUUGAUGGUGCUUGCAGGUUUUCUAGGUAGAAAUUAUUUCAUUAUUAUAAUAAAACAAUGUUUGAUUCAAAAUUUGAACAAAAUUGUUUUAAAUAAAUUGUCUGUAUACCAGUACAAGUUUAUUGUUUCAGUAUACUCGUACUAAUAAAAUAACAGUGCCAAUUGCA